AUGUCGGCGGCGUUCAAGGCGUUCCUGAACAGCCCAGUGGGCCCCAAGACGACGCACUUCUGGGGACCCGUCUCCAACUGGGGCAUCAUCCUCGCGAGUGUGGCUGACACAAAAAAGCCUCCUGAAAUGAUAUCCGGCAAUAUGACAGGAGUUUUGUGUGUGUAUUCUGCGCUCUUCGUCAGGUUUGCAUGGAUGGUACGACCUCGGAACUACUUCCUUAUGGUAACCCACAGCUGCAACGAAUGUGUUCAGCUCUACCAGUUGUCUCGCUGGGCUAGGGCUCAAGGGUUCAUGGAGAAGAAAGAGCUAGGAGGCCCAACGGUGAAGAUUGACCCUAAACCAUAG